GUAAACAAAUACGCGACACAUCCAUUUACUGUCCACAACAGACUGUAUCAACUAAAUAGGCGCUCUAAUCUAUUGAAAUUGGAAGCAUGUGGCACAAGUUUCACAGUAAAACUAUGUCACUCUGGAUUCCCACUAAGAAAAAUAAAGUGCAUGUCAAGGAAAUCAAACCUAACAGUGCUCCUGCGACGUUUCAAAAGUCUUUAAGAGCCACACUUAUUAUGGGACAGUUGUUUUCCCUCCUGCCAGUUGUGGGCAUAUAUGGAGAUAACGCUGCAAAUGUGAGAUUUGUACGCACCUCAUGGAAAUGCCUGUACUCCUUGCUGUCGUUCUGCGGCCAGGUGUUCAUGACGAGCAUGUGCAUUUACAAGCUGGCGUGCUCCGUGACGUCACUCAAAGGAACUACACCCAUUAUAUUCUACGGAACCACGUGCAUAACUAUGAUGAUGUUUUUUCAUAUGGCUAAAUCUUGGCCGAGUUUGGUUCAGCAUAUCGCCCGAACAGAACAAUUGGAUCCGCUUUAUGAUAAAACUUUGGCUAAAAGAUGCAACAUCACUUGUUUUGUCGUUCUAAUGUUGGCCUUAAUGGAACACAUCCUAUCAUUGUUAUCAGCAUUCGCGGAAACUAUGAUAUGCCAUCCAAACAAAAUGUUUUAUGAAGGAUUUGUGAAACAAUUCUAUCCGUGGGUAUUUAAUUUUAUUCCGUAUUCACCUGUUUUGGGCGGAUUCACUCAGUUCCUCCACUUCCAGUCGACGUUUAUAUGGAAUUUCUCGGAUUUGUUCGUGAUAUGCAUGAGUUAUUAUCUCACUUCACGCUUGCAGCAUAUCAAUGAGAAGCUUCUGGAUGCUCAGGGAAAGUAUUUACCAGAAUCGUUCUGGAAAUCAACACGUGAGGACUACUGCCGAGCUACACAGUUGGUUCGAAGAGUUGAUGACGUCAUCAGUGGAAUCAUCUUCAUAUCUUUCGCUAACAACCUCUUCUUCAUUUGCCUUCAACUGUUUAAUACUUUAGAGGACGGAAUAAAGGGUACUGGCGAAUGCAGUAGUAGAACUAAAAGAACAACACUGCUCAGAGGUUACGAAGCAGCCUCCUACUUCUUGUUCUCCUUGGUAUACCUGAUUAGCCGGUCCAUUGCAGUGUCCCUCAUAGCUUCCCAGGUGAACACGGCGUCCACUGUACCAGCGCCGGUGUUGUAUGAUGUGCCGUCGCCUGUAUAUUGUGUUGAGGUGCAAAGAUUUCUGGAUCAAGUCAACGGCGAUACUGUAGCGCUGAGCGGUUUGCAAUUUUUCAGUGUAACAAGAGGAUUACUUUUGACAGUAGCUGGCACUAUAGUUACGUAUGAGCUGGUCAUGUUCCAGUUCAAUUCACCAUCCGAUUCCACACCAUCGCUAACUAAUGUGACUUUGACAACACCAACACCUUCACUAUAAAGACAAUACAAUACAAUACAAAUUAUCUUUAUUGCCCAUAAAAAAAAAGACCAUAAAAAU